AUGGAGAUCAGUAGAGACAGAGAUAAGGGCAGAAUUUGUUUGACACAAGUAGCUUAUUUGAAGAAAGUUCUACAGCGAUUUAAUGUGAGCAUGGAGACGAAACCAGUUAAUGUAUAUUUGGGAGCCCAUUUGCAGCUUUCAAUUGACCUCUCACCGAAGACAGCUGAAGCUAGAGAGUUGAUCUCCGGCUCCGUCACCGAAAUCUAUCUCCCAAACUUUUCCAUUUUCGGCACGAUCCCCGAAUCUCUUUGCAGUGGCAUCAAGAAUCUCUCUUACCUUGAUUUAUCAUAUAACAAUUUCUCAGGCCCAUUUCCUACCACUCUCUACACUUGCACAAAGCUCGGUUACCUCGAUUUGUCUCAGAAUUUGUUCGUUGGCGAGUUGCCUUCGGAUAUAAAUGGGUUAUCGUCGAGUCUCACUGAUUUGAUCCUCUCGGCAAAUAAUUUCUCGGGUCAGAUUCCUACCUCCAUAGGCGAACUGAAAUCAAUUCAGAGCCUGUAUCUGGACGAUAAUCUCUUUAACGGGUCGAUUCCUGUAGAGCUUGCACACUUGUCCGAUCUUCAAACUCUUGCGUUGGCUUAUAACAAUUUUGCUCCCCAGAGAAUUCCUGCAGAGUUUGGGAAUUUGACUGGGCUUUCAUUCUUGUGGAUGGCCAGCAUGGAUCUUGUAGGUGAGAUUCCGGGCUCUUUUGAGAGAUUGAUAGAGUUGCAGCAGCUCGAUCUCUCGAUGAAUUCGUUAACUGGAAACAUUCCAAAUUUUAUCUGGAACCUUCGAAAUCUUCAGUUUGUUUAUCUGUAUAAGAACAACUUCACGGGAGAAAUCAAUGGGACAGUUUCAGCACUGGGACUGGAGAGGAUCGAUGUAUCGAUGAACCAGCAUUUAUCAGUUCUUUUAAUGUACUACAAUCAAUUCUCCGGCGAAAUUCCUUCAAGUAUCGGAUUGCUCCCUUCUCUUUCUGAUCUCAGGCUAUACAGUAAUAAGCUCACAGGAGUCUUGCCUCCAGAGCUCGGAAAGCACUGCCCAUUAUGGAAUCUCGAAAUAGACGAUAAUUUGCUCUCUGGUGAGCUACCAGAGGACUUAUGCGCCAGAAAUGCACUUGCGUCGAUUAUAGUAUUCGACAAUAAUUUUACAGGUAAAAUCCCUGAAUCUUUGGGUGGUUGCAUUGCGCUUGACAAUCUGCAACUUCAGAGGAAUAGAUUUUACGGCGAUUUUCCACCUGGAAUCUGGUCGGCAGCGAACCUGUCAACCGUGAUGCUGAGUGAUAACAACUUCUCAGGCACAAUUCCUGAUAAAUUGCCGUGGAAUCUGACACGGUUAGAGAUCCAGAACAAUAGAUUCUCUGGAAAGAUUCCAUCGGCAGGAGAGAAUAUUUUGGUCUUUCUUGCAGGAAACAAUUUGUUCUCGGGUGAGAUUCCAGCGAUCUUGACAGGAAUCUCCCAGCUGCAGAGUUUGCAACUAGGAAGAAACAUGAUUUCAGGUUCAAUUCCGGAUGAAAUCUCUGUACUGAAAUUUCUGACGGAGUUGAAUUUAAGCAAUAAUCAGUUGAUCGGAGAGAUUCCUGCAUCUAUCGGAUCUUUGCCUGUGCUCACUACCUUAGACCUUUCGAAAAAUCAGUUGACAGGCAACAUACCUGUCAAUAUCGGCAAUCUCAGGCUCAAUUUCCUCAAUUUAUCAUCAAACCAGCUCUCGGGCCAGGUCCCAUUCGCGUUUCAGAAUCAAGCUUACGACAAAAGUUUUCUGUCUAAUCCUUCUCUUUGCUCUUCGGACUCAGCAUUGAGCCUCAGCAGAUGUGAUCAUCAAUCCAAAACUUCGAACACGAUAUCCCCAGGAGUCAGAACCAUGAUCAUAGUUCUCGCCUUGCUCUUAUUCUUGAUUGUUUCAGGCUUUACAUUUUUCGUUAUUAAAGACUACAAGAGCAGAAAAGAUGAACAAAAUCUUGCAUCCUGGAAACUGACUUCCUUUCACACAUUGGACUUCAACGAAUCCAACAUUGUAAAGGCCCUUACCGAUGAGAACCUGAUCGGAGCUGGCGGGUCUGGCGAGGUCUACAAAGUCGCCAUCGGAAACAGGUCAGGCGAAGUAGUAGCAGUCAAGAAAAUAAGGAGCAAAACCAAGAUGGACUCCAAACUAGAGCGGGAGUUCGUGUCUGAAGUUCAAAUUCUGGGCUCAAUUCGGCACACCAACAUAGUCAAACUCUGGUGCUGCAUUUCAAGCAACGAUUCGAAGUUGUUAGUCUACGAACACAUGAAGAACGGGAGUCUGUACAAGUGGCUUCACGAGAAGAGGAAGGCGAUGGGGCCGCCAGCCUUAGACUGGCCGAGGAGGCUGGGGAUCGCCAUCGGAGCUGCACGAGGGUUGUGCUACAUGCAUCAUGAUUGCUCGCCGUCGAUUGUGCACAGAGAUGUGAAGUCGAGUAAUAUACUGUUGGAUUCGGAGUUCAGAGCUAAGGUUGCUGAUUUUGGGCUGGCGAGGAUUCUGGUUAAGGCCGGGGAGCCUUGCUCCGUCACGGCUGUUGCUGGUUCUUUCGGAUAUAUGGCUCCAGAAUGUGCAUACGCUGUAAAAGUGAACGAGAAAAUGGACGUGUACAGCUUCGGCGUGGUACUUCUAGAGCUGACAACAGGAAGAGAAGCCAACGAGGGAGACGAGCAAGGAGGCCUUGCAGGCUGGGCAUGGCACCAUUUUCUCACAGGCAAAAAUGCUACCGAUGCAAUUGAUGAGACAAUCAAAGAUCCGAGUAAUUUGGACGAGAUAGUCAAGGUUCUCAAAUUGGGGCUCGUAUGCACGGGCACAUUACCGUCGACCAGACCUACGAUGAAGGAGGCCGUAGAAAUCUUGUUGCGGUGCAACCGAACAAGUUGGAAUGGCAGUAAACCUCAAGCCGAGCAUGAUAUCGCUCCUCUACUGUGUAGCGUUAGAGGCAGUAGGCAUAAAAGUGAUUCGAGUACAGACGACGAUCUUGAUGAUUGUAAUGUAUGAAUCAAUUAAAAAUGAAUCCGAGUCCAAGGUUUUCUUGCAUGUAUUGCGUUCUAGAGGGAGGGUUGUAAAACUCAUUCCGAAGGAUUGUAUUUUAGACAAAAGCAUGAAAUAAUUGCUGCUGCGUGCAAUACAUGGGUUGUUGAUAGUAGAAUUAACCUCUGUGCCUUCUCUGAUGAGCAUGAACCGAGGAGAGCAAUGAAACUGGUGCAACUUUUGUUGACUGAUAUAGAUAGGCAUUGCA